UCUAGACCAGUGGACAGACACUUGCUGAAAGAAUGCUGUCUGGGGUUUUCCUGGGGCAGUGUCUGCAGGGCUGGCUGCCGCUGGGCCACGUGGAGUAUCCCCCUCCCAGACCCCUGCCUAGACCCCCCACCCCCAGCUGGCUGCCCACCAGAGCACUUGGCUCUGUGCUGGCUGGGAGGGAACCUGGAAUGCAGCUCAGAGACCUCAAAGCAGGCUGCUUUAGGAGGAGAGCCAGCAGUAUUGGGGGCCCCCAGGGAUGGAGGUGGGCCAUCUGGCCCCAAGUGUGGGGGCCUAGGCCUGGGCCACUUGGUCCCCCUGAGUGCUUUGUGUCAGAGGCAACACUGCCUUGAUACACAAGUGUGUUGGUUGGGCCCGUGUUUGUGUUUCAGUAAACAGGGUUGCGCUAUACUGGGUAUACGGGGAGGGUGGGAAGUAAAAAUAUAGCAGUGGGCAUUAACUGUUUUGAAUAAGCUGAUUCGGGAUUAACAUCAACUUACUAAUGAGAUAAUGUAAAAUAUCAAUCAGUUUCAAGCUGUGAAACUAUUCCACGUGAGUGUUAGAUCAUCUGUUUCUCAAGAUGUGGUCUGUAUCCACCUGCCGCCGUGUCCGCCUCUGUUCAGGAUGCCUGUUCAAAAUGCAGAUUCCUGGGUACCACCUUUGGUCCUGAGAGUGGACCCCAGGAAUGUGCAUUCUGCAGGCUCGCUCCCAGAUGGCUCCUCUGCUCUGCCAGGCACGAGGCCCCCAGUCGCUGAUGGACAGGGCGUGGCAGGUGGCCCAGGUGCCUUCCCAGAGAUCCCAGCCAGUCCCACCGAGGAGAAACACGGUAACCCAUGUCAUGGUGGGCAGCAUGUGUUAGUGCCCCAUGGGAGGAAACUUUCGAUCAAAGGCCUUGGAGUUCAGGGCGAGGGCAGGGUUAAUUUUGGUUUGAAAAAUAUGGACCAUGAGUUUCCACGUUUUGUCAUUACACUCCUGGCAGCUCCUCUGUGGCUCAUAGUCUGGUUUGUACGAGGGCUCACACAGCAGGAGACCAGUGUGGAGGGAAGCCUUGGGUGGGUGCACCGGUGGUCCCUGACUCCCCUUUGCAAGCAGGUGACCGGCCUCGGGGGGGGGGGGGGGACAGAGGCAGAGCUGCUUCCUGGAGGUUCGUCUUGUCCCACAGUUUGCUUUUGGCUGAAAUUCCCAACAGCAAAGGGCAGGUGCCUCACUACUGUCUGCAUCUUAAGCAGAAUAAAGGUAAGACGGGCCUUGUCCUCACUCCUCUGAGAUUUAUGGCUUUCUGGGCAGUGCUGGCUCCAAAGUCAACACAGUCUGAGAGGUGGAGACCGAGCAGGGCGCAGUCCUAGGUGCCACACACCCUGCGGGGCUGUUGAGGGAGGCUUGCCCCCAUCUGUAAAAGGGGGUGCCCUGGCAUCAUGUUUCCAGUGCACUUACCCUAGCGAGACACGGGAACUGACCGAUCCUGCACCAAGGGUGGUUGUGGGGCGGGGGGGCUGCUGUUGGCAGGGCAGUUAGCAGCUGGAUGCGUGAGCAGUCCACUCCAGCCCUGCCUGGCCCCAGGGGCUCCCCAUCCUCCAGAGCCCGUUUCCCCCCCUGCCAGCAUGCUCUUGCCGCUGCCCGAAGGCAGGCUGAAGAGUGAGGGCCUCUGCCCACCUUCUCUGUCGUUGGUCAUUAACCCCAGGGCCUGCCCCCAGGAUGCCCUCCACAAGCAUCUGAAGCGGCCGCUGAGCCUCCAUCUGUCCUCGUUUAUCCCCUUCUCUCCUGCCACCCUGGUGACCCUUCUAAGAGCUCCUCAGGCAUCUGUGCGUUGCUCUGGGGUUAAAUCCUCACUCUGCCUUGUCUGGCACUCACCCACUUCAGGUCUCCCCACGGCCCAGCUGAGGCCUCCUGGGCCCAGUCUGUCUCCCCCAGCAGGGCCAGAAGAGGAGAGGGGGGGUCAAGCUCUGUGGGUCCUUCCGAAGCUGCUCAUUUCCUGUAGGCCCCCUGCACGCCCCCAGAAGUGUUCAACCCGGGGGGCUGUGAUGGUGAGUGUUCCUCUGUCCCCGCCGACUUGUGCCUCACUGACCUAGAGCUUGAGUCCUCGAGCGUGUUGUGUAGCUUGGAGCUUUCCAAACUAUAGUCCAUCAAGGCUGAAAUCCCACCCCCCGUCCGUUUUAAGUAUAAAGUUUUAUUGGAACGUCACUACAUCCUUCCAUGCAGUGUCUUCUGUGGCAGCUUUUGGUACCCCUGCAGAGUUGAGGUGUUGUGACAGAAAUUGAUGGCCUGAAAAACCAGAGGUACGCAGCUGUGGUCUGCCCCAUGGUAGGUGCACAGCGAGGUUUUUAGAUGAGCAGUAAGAACUGGGUUUUUGGAGCUUUUUCUGCCUGCCACGAGUGCCUACGCUCCAGCCACAUCAUCACACGUGAACCUCGGGGUGGCCCACCAAGUGUAGCGGCCACUGUGGCUUCCUCUCCCUUUCUCCAGACAGGAAAGCUGAGGGUUCCUCCACCCCUCGUGCAGCUGGCCCUGCCAGUAAGGAGGCGCACCUGAUGUUGAAACAUGUGUGUCUGUUUGCAGGCUGCGGCCUUGCUGAGGAAGGAAAUAAGGGAGGGGGGCUUGUAGAGACAAAGAGGGUGUGGGGGAGAGGUGAGAUGGGGGGCCUUGAGGAGGGGCUGAUGGCGGAAGGGCAGGGGGCGCCUGGCCUCCAGCAGCCCAUGUGGGAAUUCGGACAGCAUGCCGUAAGCGGGGAAGGUUCAGACUCAGGGAACAGAGCAAGAACUUUGGAGCCCUGAUCUUCCGUUUCCACCGGCGACUUUGCGUUUCUCUGUGUUCUAAGGAGUUCUGAUAAAAUUUGGUACGGUGUGAAGUUAAAGCAGGCUAGAUCCGUUGCUGGGCUUACACUUCAGUCUACCACGCUUCUGGAACCUUCCAUGGAGCUUAGCAGACCACGGUGCAAAGGGCCGAGCAGAUGGUGUUUCGCCAGGAGGUGAUCUCUAUGGAGUGAGCAGGAGGUCCGCCUGCCAGAGUGGAGGGCCCUGUCUCCCUCCCGAGGACACCUCUGGGCUGGGUGCUGUGGUCUGAGCCCAGUGGGAAGGAGCUGGUUGUGUCUUUGAUUCUGCCCCCACCCCCUAGACCCACCCCACUGCCGCCUCUGAUGUUUGGUGCUCACUGGGGUCAAGGAGGCCCCAUGGAAACGAGUCUCUGCCUGCUGCUUGGUGGAUGGAGGCUCGGAGGCUGCCGGGCUGACUGGUGUCUUCCGGGGGUGUGAGGAGAUGGUGACAGCCCCUUGCUCCCCAGGCCUCAGACGCCGUGUCUGGAGUAUAUCCCGGGCAUUACUGAACCUGAUCUCGGGUCCGCCCUGUCGGUGAUAGAGAGGGAGGGAUCCCUGAUGGAGGGACAAGCUCUUGCCUCACGUCCCAUGGCUAACGGUGCAUUGGCAGGCCUGGGAGCCAGAGCCUGUCGGUCUAUAUCCCCGGUCCCUGCUCCCGGUCACCGUGCCAGAUUAGCGGUGGCAGCUCUCGAGCCCUUGGGGACCAGCCAUCAGGCCUGGCCUGUGGCUGCCUAAAUGUGGCCCCUCAGCUGUUCGCGGGGCUGGGUCAGGCCUUGAAAUAGCCUCCUGGUUCAGUCGAGGUCAGGUCUGCGCCGGGGCGGGCUGGCUUUGGGCUAGUGCCCCAGCAUGAGGAACGAGGCCUCUCGGUCCUUCAGGCCGAGCCCUCGGCUUGCUAUAGCAGCUCGGGCACAACUUUGCGCAGAUCCGGUUUCUCGCAUCUGAGGGAGUAGGGUGUACGAGGCAAGCUGAGGUGUUUCUGUUGGCUGGAAUACGGUGGAGGUCGAGGUGGAGGCCAGAAGAUGGGAGACGUAUUUGCACUUGAUCUUAGCCAAAAGGCCAAGAAGCGAUGACGGAGACGUAUUUGGGAGGUAGUUGAAACCCGUCGUGUUCCAUGCUCUGUUUCACUCCUGUACACUUUUCUCCAUCCCUGCCUGUUGGAGGUCACUGAGUCCUUCAGAGCCCAUGUCACAUGCCCUCUGACUGCCCCCCGCCCUCCCGUGGUAUGAUUCAGCCAACAAGUAUUAUUGAACAUAUCUCUGAGGCCCACAAGAACAGACGUGGAACAGCCCUACCCUGGGAAGCUGAUGGUCUCAGGGAGGAGCAAAGGCCAUGUUGCCUCACGGUGUGUCCAGAGCACUCUGGGAGCCCAAGUACCUGGCUCAGCAGGCAGGACAGAAAGAAUUUGCAAGCAUUUCUCAGAGGGGGCAACCCAAGCUGGGUUUUGCAUGCUGAUUAGGAGUUGGUUAUGAGGCUGAAGGGACAGCCUGUGCGGUGGGAGCUGAGGGCCCAGCCGAGAGGUGAUAUGGGGAGUGUGGCUGGCUGGGUCUGCUGGAGCUCAGAGUGUGAACUAUGGGGGCCGGAGAGGGAAGGCCAGGACUUCUUCCUGCUUGAAACCCCUCUGUGUGCUCUAGGUCAUGUCAUCGUUGCUGGCUGGGGCCUCUUUGCCCCAUGAGCCCCUUGAGGAUGGUUUGCAGGCAGUUGAGGGCAGUGGAGAGAACACAAGUCUGGAGCUUUCGGGCCGGAAUUCAAAUCCCAGCUCCUCUCGAGCUUCGUGGCUUUGGGUUUAUUUUUUAAUUUUCCCAAGUAAGUCUCUCCCUCUUUAGGAGGGGACAGUCCCUCCCUCCAUCUUGGGGCUGUGGGGCCGAGUGAGGGAGGGAGGGGUGGAGAGCACCCAGUGCAGGACCAGCCUCGUGGUGGACACGUUCUCUUAACAGAAAGAGGGCACUUAGGUAAUCCUGAGGCUUAGAGCCUUCUCAGCAGCCAGCCUUUGAUCAGAACUGUGACCGCUGACCAGAAGGCACGUGGUUUCCCCUUUCCUGAGAAUCUCUGAUGCAGGGAAAAUGAACACUCAGUGGGCAAGCAGGAGCUACCCAGCUGUCAGCGGGACAAGCCUUUGAAAACCGCCACCGAGAAAAGCAGACACGUCCCCACAUCUGGGUGUUUGCACACUGCGAAGGCAUUUGGGGAAACUCAGUGCCUCCAACAUACUGAGUGGUGCUGGAAGGGCUCUGGGGAGAGGAGAAACGAAGAGGCCCCAUAAGUGGGGUAGGGAGGGGAGGAGAAAUGGCACCGCCUGGUGCAGGAUUAAGAGUCCAGCGGCCCCUCCUACGUGAAGGGGCUCUGCGAGGAAAUGGCCAUCACAUUCCACACCUGGCACGUGCCUAACACACAAGGAGUGGGGUGCUAAUUUGUGGGGGUUCCCCUCUGAUUGUGACUUAAGUCUUAGAGAGUCCCCAUCUGUAGAACCAUUGUUUGUCCAAGAGCAUGUAUGUAGGAUGUUCGGGUAGAUCUGGAACGAAAGCUCGGGUAGGAUCUGGAACGAAAGCUCGUGUCAAUCGCUCCUUUCUCCCAGGACCCUGGUCACGAAAUACAUGUUGAGUCCCGAGGACUGGACUCAGCCUUCGAGCCCGGGACUGUUUCUUAGCCCCACCUCUUCCUGCUUAAGGAAAUGGGGCUCAGCAAGGUCCCAUGUCGGUCUGCAGCGUCCACUUGUCCGCCCAGAUGAGGUUGUAGGUGCCAAGCGCCUUCCUACCACGGCGGCACGAAGUAGGCACCCAGGACAAGCGCGCUGAAUGAGGGCCAGAGUUCAGGCAGCUGCCUGAUGGUGGAUUUUCUCUUCCAGUAACGACUCCCGUCUGGCCUGGUGCAGCGGGACAGUGAAGGAGCUGAGAGAAGACAACAUCAUUUUAAUCGAGACCAAGGCCAUGCUGGAGGAGCAGCUGACCGCGGCCCGGGCCCGGGGCGACAAAGUUCACGAGCUGGAGAAAGAGAACCUGCAGCUCAAGUCCAAGCUUCACGACCUGGAACUGGACCGGGACACAGAUAAGAAGAGAAUCGAGGAGCUGCUGGAGGAAAACAUGGUCCUUGAGAUAGCCCAGAAGCAGAGCAUGAACGAGUCCGCCCACCUCGGCUGGGAGCUGGAGCAGCUGUCCAAGAACGCGGACCUGUCCGAUGCCUCUAGGAAGUCAUUUGUGUUUGAGCUGAACGAAUGUGCGUCCAGCCGCAUCCUGAAGCUAGAGAAGGAGAACCAGAGCCUCCAGAGCACCAUUCAGGGGCUGCGGGACGCGUCCCUGGCAUUGGAGGAGAACAGCCUGAAGUGCGGGGAGCUGGAGAAGGAGAACCACCAGCUCAGCAAGAAGAUUGAGAAGUUACAGACACAGCUGGAGAGGGAGAAGCAGAGCAACCAGGAUUUGGAGACCCUCAGUGAGGAGCUGAUCAGAGAGAAGGAGCAGCUGCAGAGUGACAUGGAGAGCCUGAAGGCUGACAGAGCUAGGCAGAUCAAGGUCCUCGAGCAAGAGAAGGAUCGUCUCAACCAGGCGGUGUGGUCGCUGCGGGAGAGGUCGCAGGUCAGCUGUGAGGCCCGCACAAAGGACAUCGAAAAGGAGAACAAAGCCCUCCACCAGACGGUGACCGAGACGAGCAGCCGACUCAGCAAGCUGGAGUUCGAGAAGCAGCAGCUGCACAAGGACUUUGAGCAGGUGAAGGAGAAGGUGGAGCGGGCAGAGGAGCUGGAGAGGGAGCUGCACCGGCUGGAGAAGGAGAACGAGAAGCUGGCCAAGAAGGUGGCCUCCCUGAAGACCGCCACCGAGAAGGCGGACGCCCUGGAGCGCGAGAGUCGGAGUCUGGCGCUCGAGAACCGGCAGCUGAGGAAGUCGCUGGACACCCUGCAGAACGUGUCGGUGCAGCUCGAGGGUCUGGAGCGGGACAACAAGCAGCUGGACGAGGAGAACCUGGAGCUGCGCCGCAUGGUGGAGACCCUGCGCUUCACGGGCGCCAAGAUGGCGCAGAUCGAGCGCGAGAACCAGGAGCUGGAGCGGGAGAAGGAGGAGCUGCGCAAAAACGUGGAGCUGCUCAAGGCCCUGAGCAAGAAGUCCGAGCGCCUGGAGCUCAGCUACCAGGGCGUGAGCGCCGAGAACCUGCGGCUGCAGCAGACGCUGGAGAGCAGCGGCCAGAAGGCCCAGGCCCUGGAGCAGGAGCUCAGGGAUCUGGAGGCCGAAAACCAGGCCCUGCAGCGCGACCUGGAGGCCCUCCGGCUCGCCAACAAGCAGCUGGAGAGGUCGGAGAAGGACCGGAAGGCCCUGGAGCAGGAGGUGGCCCAGCUGGAGAAGGACAAGAAGCUGCUGGAGAAGGAGACCAAGCGGCUGUGGCAGCAGGUGGAGCUCAAGGACGCGGUCUUGGACGACAGCACCGCCAAGCUGUCCGCCGCCGAGAAGGAGAGCCGCGCCCUGGACAAGGAGCUGGCCCGCUGCAGGGACGCGGCCAGCAAGCUGAAGGAGCUGGAGAGGGACAACAGGGACCUCACCAAGCAAGUCACCGUGCACACGCGGACGCUGACGACCCUGCGCGAGGACCUGGUGCUGGAGAAGCUGAAGAGCCAGCAGCUGAGCAGCGAGCUGGACAAGCUGAGCCAGGGGCUGGAGAAGGUCGGCCUCCACAAGGACCUGCUGUUGCAGGACGAGAGCGGCCACGGCAACACAAAAUGCAAUAUGUUGGAGGGCAGAAAUGAGUCAGCACUAAAAUCAACGUUAGCCAUGAAAGAAGAAAAGAUUGUGUUCUUGGAAGCACAGGUGGAAGAGAAAGCCAGCCUGAACCGCCAGUUACAGAAUGAACUCCAGGUGCUGAAGACAGAGUGUGAGAUCCUCAGGCAGAACCAGGAGGAAGGCAAGCACUUACAGAACUCUUUCAAACACCCUGUGGAGACUUUGGUCACUGGCCACCAAGGGAAGGAGACCUGGGGGCCCAGCCACAAGGAGGCCACCAUGGAGCUGCUCCGAGUGAAGGACCGGGCCAUUGAGCUGGAGCGGAAUAAUGCGGCUCUGCAGGCCGAGAAGCAGCUGCUCAAGGAACAGCUACAGCACGUGGAGACGCAGAACGUGGCCUUCAGCUCUCAGAUCCUGACGCUGCAGAAGCAGAGUGCCUUCCUACAGGAGCACAACACCACACUACAGACCCAGACGGCCAAGCUGCAGGUGGAGAACUCCACCCUGAGCUCCCAGAACGCCGCGCUUACCGCGCAGUACACCCAGCUGCAGAACCAGCAGACGGCCAAGGAGAGUGAGAACGAGAACCUGCUGCGGCAGCAGGAGCGGCUGGCGGCGGCCCACGAGGCCCUGAUGCAGGACCACGAGCAUCUGGCCGCGCUGCACGAGCGCCAGUCGUCGGAGUACGAGGCCCUCAUCCGACAGCACAGCUGCCUCAAGACGCUGCAUCGCAACCUGGAGCUGGAGCACAGGGAGCUCCGAGAGAGGCACGAGGACAUGCUGAAGCAUAAGGCGGAGCUGGACGAGCGGGAGAAGGUUUUGAACACUGAGAGGGAGGCUCUGCAGCAGGAGCAGAGGACGGGCGCCAUGGCCGUGGGUGAGAACCAGCGGCUGCGGGGAGAGCUGGACAGGGUCAAUUUCCUGCACCAGCAGCUGAGAGGGGAGUACGAGGAGCUGCACGCCCACGCCAAGGAGCUGAAGACAUCCCUGAACAACUCCCAGCUGGAGCUGAGCCGCUGGCAGGCGCGGUUCGACGAGCUGAAGGGGCAGCACCAGAGCAUGGACAUCUCGCUGACCAAGCUGGACAACCACUGCGAGCUGCUGUCCCGUCUCAAGGGGAACCUGGAGGAAGAGAAUCAUCACCUGCUGAGCCAGAUCCAGCUGCUGAGCCAGCAGAACCAGCUGCUCCUGGAGCAGAACUUGGAGAGUAAGGAGCAGUACCAUGAGGAGCAGAAGCAGUACAUAGACAAAUUAAAUGCCUUGCGGAGGCAUAAAGAGAAACUGGAAGAAAAGAUCAUGGAUCAGUACAAGUUCUACGAUCCUGCUCCAAAGAAGAAGAACCACUGGAUUGGCGCCAAAGCCUUAGUCAAACUCAUCAAACCAAAGAAAGAAGGUUCCAGAGAACGACUGAAGUCCACCGCAGAGAGCCCUCCUUGGCAGGUGGAGUCUCCAGACCCGGCCUCGCCAUCUCCUCAGGCCCUCAGAUUGCAGCCAGAGAACCCCGAGGCCACCCCGUCUGGCUCCAAUAGUACAGAAGAGCGGGACACCCUCAACGGGCCCGUGGGGAAAGGCCCUGGGGACCUAAAACCAAAGCAAGGGUCCCCGCACAGAGGCAGCCUUGACCGCACGGAUGCCUCCGCUGACCCGGCCGUGAAGCUCUGGCCCUCGGAGCUGAGCUCCCGGACCUAUUCAACCUCAGCCAUCACUACAACCCCUUCCAGCUCCACCUCCCUCUCCCGGCACCCAGGCCGCACCAAAGGCUAUAAUUCAGAUGACAGCCUCUGUGACCCAUCCCUGGAGCUGGAGUUCAACCACAGGCCGUACGUGUCCCGGCCAGACAGAGACAGCUUGGAGAGCAGUCGGAACACAUCCAGCGAGAGCUCGCCUCUUAACCUGAAAGGUUCCUCCGACCAGCUUCACGGGAGGUCCGAGAGCUUCAGCAGCGAAGACCUGAUCCCCAGCAGGGACACGGCUGCUUUGCCACGGGAUGCCAGCACCCCAGGACGCACCGUCCUCGGCCGCCAUGAGUACCCCCCGCCCUGGAACGGGCCUCUGCCCCAGGACGGCAUCCAGAAGAGAGGCACUGCACAGCCCCACGCAGGGGGACGGCCCUGCUCUCCCUCGCCGAGCAGUGAGAUGGUCACGCUGGAGGAGUUUCUGGAGGAGAGCAACCGGAGCUCCCCGACCCCUGACGCUCCCAGUUGCCGGGAUGACCUGCUGAGUGACUACUUCAGGAAGGCCAGCGACCUCCCAGCCACUGGAGGCCAGCCAGGGCCACCUACCAGGAAAGAAGGGGCCAAGAUGCCCACCAACUUUGUGGCCCCCACCAUCAAGAUGGCCAUCAGCACCUCUGAGGGGAAGCUCCCGAAGCCCGGGCAGUAUGUGAAACCAAGCUUCAGAGCUGCUGAGGCUGAGGCCCUGCCCAGUGGCCCCCCAAGGCAGGUCCAGCCUCCCCAGAGCCUGUCUCUGGGCAGACCCCGGCAGGCCGCCAUGCCCCCGACAUCCCACACGCCUGCCAGCCGGAGCGCGUCUCUGAGCCGGGCUUUCAGCCUCGCCUCUGCCGACCUUCUCCGGGCCAGCGGGCCAGAGGCUUGCAAACAGGAAGCCCCUCAGAAGCUGGGGGGUCCUGACAGCUCAGGGGGCAGAGAAACGGGCAGCCAUGUCCUACAAAGCCCCACACCCCCCAGCUCCCACAGCCUGGCCCGGGAGCGGACCCCACUUGUGGGAAAGACUGGCGGCUCUGGUCAGGGCGCAGGCCCCCGCAGCCGGCCCCCGGAUGUGAGGCGUUUCUCACUGGCUCCCCCAAAGGAGGAGAGGCUGGCCCCCCUGCAGCAGUCCGCCACAGCCCCGGCCAUCGCCGCUGGAGCCGGAGGUUCCUGCAGUGGCAGCAGCAGCUCCCAGACCCAGCACUUCCCCCCCGCCGCAGCCCAAGCCACCAGGACCAAAGCCCAGACGCCCCCCCACGUGGCAGAGGUGGCCACCGUUGCCCCUGUCCGGGGGCCACUCAGCUUCUCCGAGGGUGAUGGGGUCCCAAGGCAAGGCCACAGUGAGGGGCUCCCCGCCAAGAGCCCGGGGAGGUCUCCUGAUCUGGCUCCCCACCCCAGCCGGGCCUCCGAGGACUUCAGCCGCGGGAGCAGCUUGAAGAGCACGCCAGCGUCCCCCGAGCCUGGUGGGGACCCGCAGACGGUGUGGUAUGAGUAUGGCUGCGUGUGACUCAUCUGGGCCAGAGGCUUCUGAACCUUCCAGUGACUGACUCACCUUCUAAUUAUGAUGGCCUUUUCUUCUGUCUGCCUGUGGUGCCGGGAAGGGGUUUAGAAUGCGGACUGGGGUUCCUGGGCAUCUCUCCCUCUUGUUCUGUUAAUGAAAACACUGUGCCAAGCCCUGAGAGGAUUACACUCCCAUAUGCGUGUGUGCGUGCGUGCGUGCGUGUGUGUGUGUGUGUGUGUCUUCUGUAUGUGUAGCCUCCAGCAACCGCUGUCUUUUGAACAAAUCCACUUCAGCAUGGGGACACUCAGAAUACAGUGACACAACUGACCCCAGAGUAGACACUACUUGAGCGCGUCCUGGCAGAACACUCAUUUACAACUUGUCGACCUCUCUUAAGGCACUUGUGUUUGUGUGUGUGCAAACACACGUUCCCAUGGCCAAGCCCUAGUGGUUCUGGAAACUCCAUGUCCUCUUCCUAAAAGCCAUUGAUCCUAGGAGAAGUCCAGACAGGCCAAACUACAAAGA